GGAGAGAAAUCAUCAAUUAAAAUUAUUGUCUCCACAAUCAACUCGUGGAGCCCAAACAGAUUUGGGACUCAAACCUUUGCAUAUUGUAGCCCAUAUCCAAAAAAAAAAACUUUCUAUAGUUUCUUCUAUAUUUGUUUUGUUAAAAAAAAACUUUGUUCUGAAUAAAAAGUAGUUUCUUGUGUAGUAAAAAGUCUUUCCAAAAGUGAAUUGAAAUGGCAGAAACUGUAGUGUUGUAUGUUUUACAGCAAUUCUACAAAGUUGCUGUAGAAGAAAUCUACAAACUUGCUGUAGAAGAAGUAGCUUUGCUGAAAGAGAUACAGAAAGGCUUUGAAGAUAUCAAACAUGAACUUCAGAGCAUCAAAGCUUUCCUCAAGGAUGCAGACACAAGGGAGGGAGUCAAAGCUUGGGUUGACCAGCUAAGAGAAACAUCUUUUCGCAUAGAAGAUGUCAUUGAUGAGUAUGUCGAGUAUUUAUCUAAAAAGGUCAAGAAUUCUGGAAGCGUAGCCUUAAUCAAAAAGGUAGCUCAAAAGUUCAAAACUGUGAACCAAAGAGAUCAAAUAGCUUCUGCUAUUCAAGACAUCAAGUCAUCACUUGUUAAAAUCAAUGAAAGAAGAUUAAGGUAUGACUUUAAGGCUGAAAAUGGACCAGGAAGCUAUAGAGGGGCUACUCAAAAUGAAAAUGAUGGUGACCCUCGAAUGGCUUCUCUUUUCAUUGAAGCGACUCAAAUUGUGGGGUUUGAGAAACCAACAAAAGAUUUGGUGCGUCGUUUGGUGGAGGGAACCAAGGAGCUCGUGUUGGUUUCUGUGGUUGGCAUGGGAGGACUCGGAAAAACAACUCUUUCUAACCAUGUUUUUCAUAACGAGCGUGUGGAAGAACACUUCGACUAUAGACUCUUUAUCACGAUUUCUCAAUCUUAUACUGUGAGGGAGUUGUUGAUUAAUAUGGUAAAGAAAUUCUAA